AUGGCCGACGCGGUGUUCCCCACGCAGGCCACGGCGCAAACCCGCUACAUCAGCCUGUUCGGCACGCGCACCCGCUUCGUCAUCAUGGUGCUCAUUCUGCUGUGUCUGACGAGCAUCUGGUCGAACAUCCUCGCCUUCAACUUUGCCGUCGUUUGCAUGGACGACGACGAUUCCGACACGCUGGAGACUUCGCUGAACGGCACCCGGAAAACACACUUCACAAACAGUAAGUCCUAGUACACCUCCCUUUAACCUCGUUAUCUCAAACAUAUGACCCCUCAUUGUUAUCAGCCCGCUGAUAAACACUCAUCAAUCAUCCGUCUCCAUCUUCGUCUUUCAGCGCAAAAUUCGUUGGCCAUGUCGAUUGUGGCGAUUGCCGCAUUGCUGGGAAACUUUCCGAUUGUACAACUCGUCGGCAUGGUCGGCAUUCGGACGGUGUUCGCCGGACUCGGCAUCCUCUCCGCCGUCUCCACACUCCUCAUUCCGCUCUCGAUCAGAGUACGGUUUCGGAAACAAAGGGAAUAUGAAUAUACUGAACAUGUGGAACAUUCCAGAUGGGCUUCUACUACUUCCUGGCGAUCCGCUUCCUCCAGGGCUUCGCGUUCUCCGCCAACUUCCCCGUCAUCGGCUCGUUCUGCGCCAAAUGGUCGUAUUUCAAACAAAACGGACUGUUCGUUUCGGCCCUCGUCGCCUACGUUCAGUUGGCGCCGGCCAUCACAAUGCCCGCUUCCGGUGCACUUUGUGACGCAUUCAAGUGAGUAAUCAGGAAGGAUCUUCGUCAGUUUUAUUGUGGGCGCGUCUGGUGACGAUGACGAUGAGAGUUGACCGAUUCCGAUUACAGUUAACAUUUCAAUUCAAAUGUUUUUGGUCUAUCAACCCGCUUAUCACGAACUAUAAUCCUCUUUUUGUGGCGGGGGACGAUGAAACGAGAAUACCAAACGUCCAAUGGAAACUAUUACAGAUGGCCAUCAAUCUUCUAUGCUCACGGAGCCGUUUCUCUCCUUCUCUUCGUCACCUACGCUCUCUUCUACCGUAACUCGCCACAAAAGCAUCCGUUCGUCGGAAACGUCGAGUUGAAGAAGAUCUCGAUCGGAAAAAUUGCCACCAUUGAGUAAGAACUGAUCUGAAUCGAGUAGGAUCUCAACUAACUCUUUCAGCAAGCGUGCCCUCAAGUCGGUCCCCUACGGAGCGAUCCUCAGAACGCCGGCGAUCUGGGCCGUCUGGGUGGCCGCUAUCGGAAACUUCACGUGCGUCAACAUGAUGUUCCUCUUCUCCCCGAUCUACCUCUCCAAAGUGCUCGGCUUCCCGGUCCACUCGACCGGAAUCACCGCCGCCCUCCCUCCGUUCCUACAGUUCGUCUCGAAACUUGUCUGCGGCGCCAUCUCCGACCGUAUCAAAUGCAUCCCCGAAGGCAUCAAAUUCCGCAUUUUCAACUCGUUCGCCUUCUUCGGAUCCGCCUCCUUUCUGGCCGUUCUGGCGUUCAUGGGCGAUGCGCACAAGGACAACAACAUGAUCAUUUUGGGAUGCUCCGCCGGAAUGCUCGGCGCCACCACCGGAGGAUUCUUCAAAGCGGGCCCGGUUCUCUCGAAGCAGUACAGCCACUUUGUGACCGGAAACAUCUCGUUGGGAAUCACGAUCACCAUGCUCAUUGUGCCGUUCUUUGUGAACGCGCUCACCAAGAACAACACGCAGGAGGAGUGGAAAUGGGUGUUCCUGAUCACUGGAGCUGUCAUGGUUAGUCCCAAGCUUCAAAGAUCUAUAAUAUCAUUGGUUUUCAGUGUAUUUGCAACAUCUUCUUCGUCAUUUUCGUGAAAGGAGAGCCGUGUGAAUGGACUGCCGACAACUUCCACAACUCGAACUCCGUCGCUGAUCUUGAGAGCCACAACGUCAGAAGCGCCACGGUGACGACCGUCUCCGCCAGCGUUGAGGAUUCUCCUGAAAAGCUGUAA